ACUCAAAGUGUGGUAUUCGCAUUCUCUGAACAAAGAGAGAUUUAAUUCUCUCUCCCAGGACUUUUCCUGGGGAAGGCAGUGAGAAACCUCAGAGAAGAAGAGAAAACAAUUCUUAUCUCUACUUGCUGCUCCUGUUUGGAACAUGUGGAAUGUGUCGUGGAGAUGGUUUGCCAGAAGUGGUUUGUGAGCUGGACACCAGCGAGGGUUGUUUGGACUGAUUGGCCAAUUGGGUCAAAGCUGUGUUGUGACUGUCUGCAGAGAGUCAUGUGUUUUUCUUUAGUAGUAUUUGGUAUCUCUUUAGUGUAGUUUUAAUAUGGUAUUAGUGUAAUAUAGUACAGCUUAAUAAAGCUUAAUAAAGGAUUUGUUCAGCCUUCUGGAAUCAUGGAGUCAGAGCACAUCAUUCCCCGGAUGGGGAUCGCUCAUCUACGACACAAAGCGCGGAUUUUUACACCUUGUCGAGCUGGCAUCUCUUGCUGACGCCCAAUUCUUGCCCUUCUACAGAGGAGCUCAAGGAGAAGCUGCAGCAGUAUGUUGAUGAGGUGAAUGCCCACGAGCCAGGUUUCAUCAAGGCUGUCCGGCACAGCAGGCAGGAGGGGCUGAUCCGCUCCCGAGUCAGCGGCUGGAGAGCAGCCACAGCGCCGGUCGUCGCUCUCUUCGAUGCCCACGUGGAAUUCAACGUGGGUUGGUGUGUGCCCCUUCCAUUCUCUCACCCAGGGACCUUUGCCAAGCACUGGUGGUAAAUUACUGACUGGCAUUUAGAGGGGCUGAACCAGUGCUCACCAGGAUAAAAGAAAACAGAGAAAGAGUAAUUUCUCCAUCAUUCGAUAACAUUAAGUAUGAUAAUUUUGAAAUAGAGGAGUAUCCCCUCUCAGCACAAGGCUUUGACUGGGAGCUGUGGUGCAGGUAUCUGAACCCUCCUAAGUCCUGGUGGAAACUGGAGAACACAACUGCUCCAAUAAGAAGUCCUGCACUGCUUGGAUGCUUCAUAGUGGACAGAGAAUACUUCCAAGAGAUUGGAUUGCUGGAUGAAGGCAUGGAAGUAUAUGGAGGAGAGAAUGUGGAGCUUGGAAUCAGGAAUGUUCAUUACACGAGCAGUCAGCAGCUCCACGUGGGUGUUCUGAGCCCCACCAUCGACGACGAUGACAACAGAUGCCUGGUGGAUGUCAGCAGCAGGCCCAGGCUCAUUGAAUGCAAUUAUGCCAAAGCCAAGAGAAUGAAGCUUUACUGGCAAUUUACUCAGGGAGGUCCUAUCCAGAACCGAAAAUCCAAGCGCUGCCUGGAAUUGCAGGAGAACAAUGAAAAUGAAUUUGGAUUUCAAGUGGUCCUUCAGAAGUGCACUGGACAACGCUGGUCCAUAACAAAUGUCCUGAGAAGCUUGUCAUUAUAGCAGACUAAAUUUUGUACCCAUUUCUUUUGCUACUGUGUAGCAAGUACUGCAUUGUCGCCUGCUGUACUGUAUCCCUCCCGCUCCCCGUCCCCCCAGCUCCUUCUCUCCCCUUUUUGUCUCUGAUUUGAUUUUGUGAGUGUGUGGAAAUAGGGUUUAUGGGCUGGAAAUAAGAAGUUUUUAUUUCACAAUGAUGUUUUCACGACAUUUAUAGAGAUGCUGAAUGACAGGUGACGGGUAGGCUAUCCUAAAAUAUUUUACAACUGUAACUAUUAAGCAAAUGGAGAAUAUUUAUAUCUCAAACUUUUAUUGAAUAAAAAAGCCCAAACACUA